AUGAGAGCCUCGCCCGCUGCACUCGGUGCAAAAGCACUGCUUGUGCUCAGCGCAUUGCGCCACACUGGCGUACUGGCGAGCCCCAGCAUCAAUGUCGCAUUGCAGGCUGCCUUCAGCCCUGCCCCAUAUCUCGUCGAGCUGCUCGAAACCGCUGCAGAAGAGAACGCGACCGCAUACUACCCCAUUCUCGACCGCAUAUCCGAGGGCUACUUUGACGACAAGACUACAGAGCAGGAGCUGUAUACCGCCUUUGUAGACUUGCUGCAGAGCGAUGGCCAUAUCACGCAGCCAGAAGCUCUUUCGUCCUUUGAGUUUGCCCUUUCCGUCCGCUCGGCUGCGCCACGCAUAGAAGCACACUACCAAUUCUACAAUACAUCCGUCGAGCCCUCGUUGGCUGCCGAGCAAACGGAUGCAUGCGAAAUAUGGGCGUCAUUCCACGGAAAGCAAUAUUGCUCCGUCCACCUGGAUGAGCCCUUUGGCAAAAUCGCGAGCGAACGGACAUACCAAUUGCCCUUUGACCGCAUACUGGGCAACACCUCAGCUUUACCCGCCAUCCUCUAUGCCGACAUCACCGCUCCGCAAUUCAAAAAAUGGCACAAGACACUGAGCAGCACCGCCAAGCAAGGCAAGACAUCGUACCGUGUGAGACACAAGCCAUCUUCCAAGGCCCCAGCAUCGCCUCUAGUCGUCAAUGGAUAUGGUGUGGCGCUCCAACUGAAGCGCACAGACUACAUUGUUAUAGACGACAGGCAGGCAGCAGAGAGUGACAAGAACACGGCGCAGAAACCAAUGGACACUGAUUUGAACAGCGAAGAAGACGUUGCCGAUCUCAAGCCCCUGUCCAAGGACGACGUGGCUGAUCUCGGGCUCAAAGCCGCCAGUUUCGUGACGCAAAGCGAGCAACCCAUGGACACCCUUCUAAAGCUCGUUCAGGACUUUCCCAAGUACUCCUCCAUCAUCGCCUCCCACAACGCCUCCGACGCAUUUGUUGAAGAGCACAUCAAGAAUCGCGAACAACUGCUGCCCACUGGCUACAAUGUCAUUUGGAUCAACGGCGUGCAAGUACCCACUCGUGAUGUCAACCCAUACUCGUUGUUGGCACACCUGCGGCGCGAGCGAAAACUCGUCAAUGGCAUCCGCAGCCAGGGCCUCUCUGGACCCGAAGUCAUCUCUCUCUUGUCGCAUUCAGCGAUUGCGGAAACGCAGUCAGAAAGCGAACCACAACGCUACGAUUUUAGGGAUGCAACCGAAGGUGGCGACGUCAUUAUUUGGCUGAACGAUAUCGAGAACGAUGACAGAUAUGAAAACUGGCCAACUGACCUCAGGGCUCUCUUGCAACGAACAUUCCCUGGUCAGAUGCCGUCUUGCCGCAGAGACAUUCACAACGCCAUCGUAUCCGUUGACUUCACCUCCGCUAACGAUGUGACAAAUCUACUUGAAACCAUUCUCAACCUGGUCAAACGCGGCAUUCCCAUACGCUGGGGUCUCGUUCCUCAAACUCUUACAUCCGAAGCCCUAGCCCAGGCCAAAAUCGUCUACCACCUCCAGGAAGCCUAUAGCAUCACUGCCAUGGAAGUAUAUCUGCAAUCAUCAUUAGACAACAAGAAGCUCGCACAGCCAGACAAGGCCAUCUUUGACGCAACUGUCAAGACAUCAACGCUCCGCGAGGAACAAACAUCGCUUACGUUUGAAGAUGUUUGGAACUCGGAAGAUAUAGCCAGACGCAUUACAGGCGCUAAACAGUAUUUGCAGCGCCUGGCUGCAGAAGGCCCAGGAGCACCAGUCUUUGUGAACGGUGUUCCUGUUCCUGCGACUGAAGAGUGGCUCCAGACCGUCAGUGAACGAAUCAGCAUGGAUCUUCGCGAAAUUCAAAAGGGCGUCUUUGAAGGCGCCUUCAAUGAAGAAAGCUGGGUCCCGCUAUAUUUUGUUUUCCAGGCUGCUAGUAGGCGUAACCCCUUGAUCAUUCCCGAGAAGGAACAGAACAUCACACUCAUCAACAUGGCCGAGUUUGAAGAGGCCCAUGGCGACAUCUACAACAAGAUGCCACGGGUGUACGCAUCAGAGUCUGCAAGCAAGAGCGACUGGGUGCAUAUUGCGCUCGUCGCGGAUUUUGACUCGGAGAAUGGCCUUGCGCUUCUCAAGUCGUUGGCAGAUUUCCGUGAAGCCAACCCGAACGUGGAAGCUGUAUUGAUCCACAACCCUCAAGCCGGCGCAGAACAGUCCAAGGUGUCAGAAAACAUCUUGGGGGCUUCCAAGACUGAUGGCAAGCUCACAAUCGAAACUCUGCUAGAACUCCUGGCCCGAGAAUCCAAACCUGUCUCCUUCCCUGCAGAGUCAAGACUAUUCUGGAAAGCCGCCGAGCCCAUUUACGACGCUUUCGGUCUGAAGCCAGGACAACACAGCCUUGUCGUCAAUGGACGCCAUGUCGGACCUAUCCCAGAAGAAUACACGUUCUCUAAAGACGACAUGGAGACAUUAAUCAGCUACGAGACGAAAAAGCGUACUGAUCCUCUAAGCAAGGCGCUCACUGAGCUCCAGAUUUUGGACAAGAUACAGUCGCCGUUCGAUAUUGCCAAGAUACAAUCGUUGGUUGCGCUAUCCACCGUCUCGGAUGUUCCAGAGGGCAUCUUUGAAACGGCUUCGACUUUGAGGUUGAGUACGUUCAAUGAAUGGACUGCUGAACACACUGCCAUUAUCAAGGGUGACAAGGACAAAGCAGUGUUCCAAAUUGUGGCUUCUGUGGACCCGGCUACCGAGCUUGCCCAAAAGUGGGUUCCGAUUCUCAAGGCCUUGAGCGACAUGGAGGGUGUUCAUCUCAGGAUCUUUUUGAAUCCUAAGCAAAUGCUGCAGGAACUCCCUGUUAAGCGUUUCUAUAGAUAUGUGCUUGAAGCCCGACCUCACUUCAACUCGGACGGAUCUGUGGGAAGCUUGGGAGCCCAUUUCUCUGGUAUCCCGAAGGAGGCGCUGUUGAACCUUGGUAUGGAUGUGCCUCCGUCAUGGCUCGUCGCGCCAAUAGAGUCCAUCUAUGAUCUUGACAAUAUCAAGCUCAGCACGAUUCCAGCCGGUUCCAACGUCGAUGCUGUCUAUGGGCUGGAGAGCAUUCUCAUCGAAGGACACUCUCGCGAUACUACGAACGCCGGGCAAGCACCUCGAGGGGUCGAGGUCGUUUUGGAAACUGAGAAAGACCCGCAUUUUGCUGACACCAUCAUCAUGGCUAACCUGGGCUACUUGCAGUUCAAGGCUAACCCUGGAUUUUACAACAUUAAGCUGAAGAGCGGUCGGUCCCAGGAGGUCUUCAACCUCGACAGUGCGGGUCCAAUUGGCUACGCUCCCCAGCCUGGCGACGAGACUACCGAGAUUGCACUCAUGAGCUUCCAAGGAGCCACCAUCUUCCCACGACUAUCUCGCAAGCCUGGACAAGAAACGGCUGACGUUCUCGCACCAGAGGAGUCGCUUGCUUCCGAGUUGGCUGGUAAGAGUGCGCAGAAGGUCAACAAGUUCCUAGGCAAGAUUGGCGUCAACUUUGACUCGGAGAAAGUCUUCAAGAAGGGCGCUGAUUUGCUGUUGGGCGGAAAAGCAGUCACAAAGGGCACACAGGCAGACAUCAACAUCUUUUCCGUUGCGUCAGGCCAUCUGUAUGAGCGCAUGCUGAACAUUAUGAUGCUCUCGGUCAUGAAGCACACGAAGCACACUGUCAAGUUUUGGUUUAUUGAGCAGUUUCUCUCGCCCAGCUUCAAGUCCUUUGUGCCACACAUGGCCGCAGAGUAUGGCUUCGAGUACGAGAUGGUCACGUACAAGUGGCCUCACUGGCUACGUGGUCAAACGGAGAAGCAGCGCGAGAUUUGGGGCUACAAAAUCCUUUUCUUGGACGUCUUGUUUCCUCUGGAUCUCGACAAGGUCAUCUUUGUCGAUGCGGACCAGAUUGUCAGGACUGAUAUGUACGAGCUUGUCCAACACGAUCUCAAGGGCGCGCCCUAUGGCUUCACUCCCAUGGGUGACUCGCGCACCGAAAUGGAAGGUUUCCGCUUCUGGAAGACUGGAUACUGGGCCAAUUUCUUGCGUGGCCGUCCUUACCAUAUUUCUGCGCUCUACGUAGUCGAUCUCAACCGCUUCCGCCAGCUCGCCGCCGGUGACCGGCUCCGCCAGCAAUACCACGCCCUUUCAGCCGACCCCAACUCGCUUUCCAACCUGGACCAGGAUCUGCCAAACAACAUGCAAUUCAACCUUCCCAUCCACAGCCUGCCGCAAGAAUGGCUGUGGUGCGAGACAUGGUGCAGCGAUGAGGAUCUUGCCAAAGCAAAGACCAUUGAUCUCUGCAACAACCCGCAGACCAAAGAGCCCAAGCUCGACCGCGCGAGACGACAGAUUCCCGAGUGGAAUGUCUAUGAUGAGGAGAUUGCGGCGCUGGCAAAGAGAGUCAAGGGCGAGCAGAAGCUGGUGGAUGUGCAGGAGCAGGAGCAGCUGCGCGAGAAGAAGGAGAAGGAUGCGGAAAAGAUUCAGCACAAUGAGUUGUAAAAUGCGACAGUAAGGGGAUACAGAUAGAUUAGAUGAGGAUUUACAUGGUUGUCACGGGUGUUGUUACCUAUUAUUACUGCAAUACUAGUAGAAAACCACUGUAUACC